CCGAGGAGCUCGGGAGGAGCGCGCACUCCAGUCUGUUCCCCUGUCGGCCGAGAUGGUUGAGUCCUGUCCCCUCGUCUCCGGCGCAAAAUCAGCCUAACGCUCCUUCUAACCAGCGGCGAGUUGAGUUCAGGACGCUCCGACAUGACCGCGGCUCGCAGGGACGCACCGACCGCAGGAUUUGUACUGCUUCCAGACGCGGGAGGAGGAUGCGCCCGGUGCGCCAAAACAGCCGGGAUCAAAGGCGGAUUAGUCAUUUGGAACGUCAUGUUUUCUUUGAUGUGCACACGGGCGCACGGUUUUAUUUAUACAUGUGGCGGGACGUUAAAAGGAAAGAAUGGGACGAUAGAAAGCCCCGGAUUUCCACAAGGAUACCCAAACGGAGCGAACUGUACCUGGGUAAUUGUAGCCGAGGAACGGAACAGAAUUCAUAUAGUUUUUCAAUCCUUCGCCGUGGAGGAGGAAUAUGACUUUCUGUCUUUAUACGACGGGCACCCUCACCCAGCCAACUUCAGAACGAGGUUAACGGGGUUCCAGGUGCCUGCUCCGGUCACCAGUACUGGCUCGGUUUUUUCCUUGAGACUCACCAGUGACUUCGCCGUCAGCGCCCAUGGAUUUAAGAUCUAUUAUGAAGAGCUACAGAGCAGUUCCUGUGGAAACCCCGGAGUUCCUGCUAAAGGGAUCCUGAACGGCACAAGAUUUAACGUGGGGGACAGGAUCCAGUACCGGUGUGUACCCGGGUACACACUGGACGGUCACGCCCAGCUGACCUGUGUCUCCAGCACGUCAAACGUAGCUGCGUGGGACUUUCCGGUCCCCAUCUGCAGAGCUGAGGAUACAUGUGGAGGAACCUUCCGGGGUUCCAGCGGCGUGAUCUCCAGCUCUGAUUUCCAAAACGACUACAAGAGCAGCGGUGAGUGCACAUGGACCAUCGUGGCUGAUCCCGGCGACACCAUCUCGCUCGUCUUCACCGACUUCCACAUGGACAACAAGUUCGACUACCUGGAAGUGGAAGGAUCAGAACCUCCGUCUAUAUGGUUGUCUGGGACGAAUAUUCCAGUGCCCAUAGUCAGCAACAAAAACUGGCUCCGGCUGCAUUUCGUGACCGAUAAAAGUCAUCGACAUAAAGGAUUUAGUGCUCAGUAUCAAGUGAAACGGUCUGGAGACUUCAAAUCAAGAGGAGUGAAACUGCUGCCGGGGAAAGACAACACCAGCAAGUACGCUAUAAUGAACGAGGGGGGUGUAAAGCAGGUAUCUAACGACUGUCCGGACCCCGGCGAGCCGGAGAACAGCAGGCGUCUGGGAGACAAUUUCAGCAUCGGGGCCACCGUGGGCUUCACCUGCGAUGGGGAUUACGUGCUGCAGGGUGCCAAGAGCAUCACCUGCCAGAGGGUGGCAGAAGUGUUUGUUGCGUGGAGCGACCACCGGCCUGUUUGUAAAGUUAAAACAUGUGGAUCGAAUCUCUACGGUCCUUCAGGUACCUUCACCUCUCCCAACUUCCCCAUCCAGUACGAGAGCAACUCACAGUGUGUGUGGAUAAUCACCGCCAGUAACCCCAACAAGGUGAUCCAGAUCAACUUUGAGGAGUUCGACCUGGAGCUGGGAUACGACACGCUGACGAUAGGCGACGGCGGAGAGGUUGGCGACUCCAGAACCAUCAUCCAAGUUUUGACAGGCAGCUUCGUUCCUGACCUGAUCGUCAGCAUGACCCAUCAGAUGUGGCUCCAUCUGCAGUCGGACGAGAGCGUCGGAUCCAUCGGCUUCAAAAUCAACUACAAAGAGAUCGACAAGGAGAGCUGCGGCGACCCCGGCAUCCCUCUGUACGGCUUCCGCGAGGGGGCGGGCUUCUCCAACGGCGACGUGCUCCGCUUCGAGUGCCAGUUCGGAUUCGAGCUGAUCGGCGAGAGGAGCAUCUCCUGCCAGAAUAACAAUCAGUGGUCGGCCAACAUCCCCAUCUGUAUCUUCCCGUGCCUGUCCAACUUCACGGCGGCCUCAGGGACGGUCCUCUCCCCGGAUUACCCAGAAGGCUACGGCAACAACCUGAACUGCGUGUGGCUGAUCAUCGCCGAGCCGGGCAGCCGCAUUCACCUAGCCUUCAACGACUUCGACCUGGAGCCGCCGUACGACUUCCUGACGGUCCGGGACGGCGAGAUGCUGGGGCGCUUCACGGGCGCCGAGGUGCCCUCGCAUCUCACCAGCAACUCCAACGUCCUGCAGCUGGAGUUCCAGGCUGACCACUCCAUGUCCGGCAGGGGUUUCAACAUCUCCUAUAGCACUUUCGGACACAACGAAUGCCCAGACCCCGGCGUCCCCUUAAACGCGAAACGCUUCGGUAACAGUUUCCAGCUCGGCAGCUCCAUAUCCGUGGUGUGUGACGAAGGCUUCAUAAAGACUCAAGGCUCGGACACCAUCACGUGCAAGCUGGAGGAGGGGGGCGUGAUGUGGAGCGGCUUAAUCCCCAAGUGUGAAGCUCCGUGCGGUGGGCAUUUCACUGCCCCGGUGGGGGUGAUCCUCUCCCCAGGGUGGCCCGGUUAUUAUAAAGACUCUCUGAGCUGUGAGUGGGUGAUUGAAGCCGAGCCAGGAAACUCCAUCAAGCUCAAUUUCGACAGAUUCCAGACUGAACUCAACUACGAUUUCCUGGAGAUCCACGACGGGCCGAACCUGCUCUCUCCGCUCAUCGCUUCCCUGAACGGGACCCAAGUUCCUCAGUUCCUGUUCAGCAGUGGGAACUUCCUGUACCUGCUCUUCACUACAGACAGCAGUCGAUCCAACAGCGGCUUCAAGCUCUUCUAUGAGCGCGUCACGCUGGACACACACUCCUGUCUAGAUCCCGGCGUACCGGUGAAAGGAGAGCGUUACGGUCAGGAUCUGUCCAUCGGCUCGGUGCUGACCUUCUCCUGCGAGCCGGGCUACCGGCUGAGUCACGAUGAGCCUCUGAUUUGCGAGAGGAACCACUGGUGGAGCCACCCUCUGCCUACCUGUGAUGCUUUGUGUGGCGGCGAUGUGAAAGGACCUGACGGCGUCAUCCUGUCUCCUGGGUUUCCAGAGCUUUACCCCAACUCAUUAAACUGUACAUGGACCAUUGAGGUUUCUCACGGCAAAGGCGUUCAGUUCACAUUUCACGCUUUCCACCUGGAGGACCACCAUGAUUACCUGCUGGUGACGGAAAAUGGCAGCUUCGCUCAGCCUAUGGCUCGCCUCACGGGCUCUCAGAGACCCCUGGACCUCAACGCCGGCCUGUACGGCAACUUCAGGGCUCAGCUGCGCUUCAUCUCUGACUUCUCCAUUUCCUUUCACGGCUUUAACAUCUCCUUCUCAGAGUACGAUCUGGAGCCCUGCGAGGACCCGGGCACGCCGCGAUUUGGCGACCACAGUGGCAGCAGCUUCAACGUGGGCGACGCUGUGUCAUUCUGGUGCCAGCCAGGCUAUCGGCUGCAGGGCCCGCAGGGCAUCACCUGCCUGGGUGGCGGACGGCGCACGUGGAGCGCCCCUCUGCCAAGGUGUGUGGCUGAAUGUGGAUCGACGGUUUCCCAGAACAGAGGCGUCCUGCUGUCUCCGAACUACCCCAUGAAUUACGGGAACAAUCACGAGUGCAUUUAUAACAUUCAAGUUCAGACGGGAAAAGGCAUCAACGUCACAGCCAGCAGCUUCCGUCUGGCUCAAGGUGACGUGCUGAAGGUUUAUGACGGACCAGAUAACACGGCUGAUGUUAUUGGAGCGUUCUCCAGUUCCUCCAUGCUUGGAGUCACGCUGAGCAGCACCUCUAACCACCUGUGGCUGGAAUUCUACUCUGAUCAAGCGGACACGGCCGAGGGAUUCAAUCUCAACUACAGCAGUUUCGAGCUCUCCCACUGUGAUGAACCCGGUGUGCCUCAGUUUGGCUCUAAAGUGAGUGACCAGGGUCACUUUGCGGGCAGCGCUGUCACGUUCCACUGUGACCCCGGUUACACUCUUCACGGCAGCCCGGAGCUCAGGUGUAUGACGGGUGAGAGACGAACGUGGGACCACCAGCUGCCCUCCUGCAUAGCCGAGUGUGGUGGAAGUUUCAGAGGUGAAUCUUCUGGAAGGAUUUUAUCUCCCGGAUACCCGUUCCCUUACGACAACAACCUCCGCUGCACGUGGAGCAUCGAGGUGGACUCAGGGAACACCGUCAGCCUGCAGUUUUUAGCUUUCGACACAGAAGCGUCUCACGACAUCCUGAAGGUCUGGGACGGCCAACCCGAGAACGAGAUGCUGCUGAGGGAAGUGAGCGGUUCGCUGUUGCCUGAUGGGAUACACAGCACUCUGAACAUCGUGACCAUCCAGUUCGAGACCGAUUUCUACAUCAGCAAGUCUGGAUUUGCCAUCGACUUCUCCAGUUCGGUGGCGACCGCGUGCAGGGACCCGGGCACCCCCAUGAACGGCACCCGGAGCGGCGAGGGCAAGGAGCCCGGUGACACCAUGACUUUCGUGUGCGACCCAGGCUACGAACUGCAGGGCAAGUCCCGAAUCACCUGCGUUCAAGUGGAUAACCGCUACUACUGGCAGCCGAGCCCCCCCACCUGCAUCGCUCCAUGUGGGGGCAACAUCACCGGCUCAUCUGGAUUCAUCCUCUCACCAAACUUUCCUCACCCGUACCCACACAGCAAGGACUGCGACUGGUUCAUCACAGUGCACACGGAUUAUGUUAUCUCACUGGCGUUCAUCAGCUUUAGCAUCGAGCCCAACUACGACUUCCUGUACAUCUACGAUGGGCCUCACACCAACAGCCAUCUGAUUGGGACUUUUCAAGACAGCAAGCUGCCUGAGAAGAUCGAGAGCAGCUCCAACAUCAUGCACAUCGCCUUUCGUAGCGACGGAUCGGUCAGCUACACCGGCUUCCACCUGGAGUACAAAGCCAAACUGAGGGAGGCUUGUUUUGAUCCGGGCAGCGUGAUGAAUGGAUCUCGACUGGGCAACGACUACAAACUGGGCUCUAGUUUGACAUUUCACUGUGAGCCAGGCUACCAGCUGCAGGGCUACUCCACCCUCACCUGCGUGAUGGGCAUGACCAACCGACCUGAGUGGAACAGAGCGCUGCCCAGCUGCCAGGCUCCAUGUGGAAGCAGAUCGACGGCAUCCGAGGGUACGGUGCUCUCCCCCAACUACCCUCGCAACUACACCGAAGGCCAGACGUGCCUGUACGAGAUCUCCGUCCCGGGCGAGUUCGUCCUGUUCGGCCAGUUUAUGUUCUUUCAGACCACCUCCAGUGACGUGGUGGACAUCUACGAUGGUCCUUCUUCUGACUCGCCUCUCCUGACCACCAUCUACGGUUCACACUCAGGGGAGCCGCUGCCUCUGAGCUCAGGUAACGAAAUCAGCAUUAAGUUCACUGCAGAGGGGCCCAACACUGCCAAGGGCUUCCAUUUCGUCUAUCAAGCUGUUCCCAGGACCAGCGCCUCUCAGUGCAGUUCGGUCCCCGAGCCGCGCUACGGAAAGCGGAUUGGAAGUGAUUUCGGACUCGGCGCCGUGGUCCUGUUCGAGUGCAACCCGGGCUACAUACUGCAUGGUGCCAUCGCCAUCCGGUGCGAGUCGGUGCCCAACAGCCUCGCCCAGUGGAACGGCACCGUGCCGACAUGCUCAGUUCCCUGUGGUGGGAUUCUGACGGCGCGCAGAGGUACCAUCCUGUCUCCGGGUUACCCCGAACCCUACGAUAAUCACCUCAACUGUGUCUGGAAGGUCUUUGUGCCGGAAGGAGCUGGAAUCCAAAUCACCGUCAUCACUUUUUCCACUGAGCACAACUGGGACUCGCUGGAUUUCUAUGAUGGAGUGGACAGCACCGCACCGAGACUCGGCAGCUAUUCAGGAAUCACCAUCCCUCAACUUCUAAACAGCACGUCCAACAACCUGUACCUGACCUUUCAGACGGAUAUGAGCGUUUCAGGGGCGGGAUUUCAUCUGGAGUAUGCAGCAAUAGGUUUGGACUCCUGCCCAGAGCCUCAGACCCCCAGCAAUGGUGUUAAAGUUGGUGACCGCUACAUUGUGGGUGAUGUGGUUUCCUUCCAGUGUGAUCAAGGCUACUCACUGAAGGGUAGCGCAUAUAUAACAUGCAUGCCGGGGCCUGUCAGACGAUGGAACCAUCCAGCACCUCUGUGCCUGGCUGAGUGUGGUGGAUCUCUGUCGGAGAUGAGCGGGGUCAUUCUGAGUCCCAGCUUUCCUGGAAAUUACCCCAGUGGGCUUGAUUGCACCUGGACAGUUAAACUCCUCGUUGGUUUCGGGAUUCACCUGCAGUUCCUGAACUUCUCCACCGAAGCUGUACACGACUACCUGGAGGUUCGGAGUGGGAGUUCCGAUUCGGGUACAGUGAUAGACAGGUUCAGCGGUGCACUUGUUCCGGAGUCGUUAUUCAGCACGACCCAUGAAACGAGCUUCAUCUUCCACAGUGAUUACUCACAGAACAAAGCUGGAUUCCACAUCGUCUACAAUGCCUACGAGCUUCAGAGAUGUCCGGACCCGAGGCCCUUCAGGAACGGUCAGGUGAUGGGCACUGACUUCGGUGUAGGCAUGACCAUCUGGUUCCAGUGUGAGCCGGGAUAUACGCUGCUGGGCCAGGCCUCGCUCACCUGCCUGCAUGGAGUCAGCAGGAACUGGAACCACCCGGUUCCUCGCUGUGAAGCACUUUGCGGAGGCAAUCUCACUGCUUUGGAGGGCACCAUCUAUUCUCCAGGUCACCCGGACGAUUACCCCAACCUGAAGGACUGCGCGUGGACCAUCAGGGUGCCGCCGGGCAACGGCAUUCACAUCAACUUCACCGUCCUGAACACUGAGCCCAUCUACGACUACAUCACUGUGUGGGAUGGACCAGACCAGGCCUCGCCUCAGAUCGGUCAGUUCAGCGGCAGCUCGGUUCAGGAUGCCGUGUCCAGCACAUCCAACCACGUCCUGCUCAAGUUCCACAGUGACUUCAGCACCAGUGGAUUUUUCGUUUUGUGUUACCAUGCCUACCAGCUCCGCGUGUGCCAGCCCCCUCCACCUGUCGCCAACGCCGAGAUUCUCACCGACGACGGCGAGCUGGAAAUCGGAGACAUCAUCAGGUACCGCUGCCUUCCUGGCUUCACAUUGGUGGGCAGUGAGAUCCUGACUUGCAGGCUGGGCGAGAGGUUGCAGAUGGAUGGCACUCCACCGGUGUGCCAAGUGCAAUGUCCAGAUAACGAGGUGCUGUUUGACUCGAUGGGUGUGAUUCUGAGUCCAGGUUUUCCAGAUAAUUACCCCAACCUGCAGAUGUGCUCGUGGAUGAUUAGUGUGGAGAAGGGUUACAACCUCACCCUGCACUUCCAGCUCUUUCAAACCGAGAAGGAGUUCGACAUCCUCGAGAUCUUUGAUGGUCCUAACAUCUACAGCCCGAGCGUGGCGGUGCUGAGCGGAGAGCUGGCCGUGCCCUUCGCCCUGAGCACCGCGGGCCACCAGCUCCUCCUGCGCUGGUCGUCCGACCACGGCACCAACCGAAAGGGCUUCCGCAUCACGUACGUGGCAAUGUACUGCAGUACCCCAGAUUCUCCACAGCACGGGUUCGUGGUCAGCCAGACUGGCGGCCAUGCCAACAGCGUUGUUCGCUGGGCCUGUGACCGAGGGUACAGGCUUAUCGGGAAGAGCAUGGCCGUCUGCAAGAAGACUGACUUCGCAUUCCUGGCCUGGGACGCUUCCGUACCGGCAUGUCAAGCUGUGUCCUGUGGCAUGCCGGUGGCACCUCAGAACGGCGGUGUGUUGGCACCGGACUACUCGGCGGGAACUCGAGCUACUUACUUCUGCAACGAGGGCUUCAGGCUCUCGUCGAAAGAGGUGACCAGCACGGUGUGCCAGGCUGACGGCUCCUGGAGCAGCCAUAACAAGAUCCCACGCUGCACCGUCAUGGUGUGCCCGAGCAUCGGCUCCUUUACUCUGGACCACGGCAAGUGGAAGAUCAUCAACGGAUCACGCUAUGAAUACGGGACCAAGGUCUCCUUCAGUUGUAACCCUGGCUACUACCGCCUGGGCCCCGCCCACAUUCACUGCAUGUCCAACGGCACGUGGAGCUGGAGAAACGAGAGGCCGCGAUGCAAGAUUAUUUCUUGUGGGAUGCUGCCGACUCCUCCUAAUGGGAAGAAAAUUGGAACUCAAACGACCUUCGGAGCGACAGCCAUUUUCACCUGCGACGUCGGCUACAUUCUGGUUGGAUCCACGGUGCGCGAGUGCCUGUCGUCGGGGCUGUGGAGAGGCAUGGAGACCCGCUGCCUGGCCGGCCACUGUGGCGAACCCGAGCGGAUCGUCAACGGUCAGGUGAUCGGCGAGAAUUUCGGCUACAGAGACACAGUGGUGUACCAGUGCAAUCCAGGCUUCAGGCUCAUCGGAUCUUCUGUACGAAUCUGCCAGCAGGACCACAGCUGGUCAGGCCAACUGCCAUCCUGUGUGUCAAUAAGCUGUGGACACCCAGGCAGUCCGAUAUAUGGGCGGACGGUGGGUGACGGCUUUAACCUGGACGAUGUGGUCACCUUCCUGUGCAAUGACGGUUACCUCCUGGAGGGUCCAUCUCAAGCCCAGUGCCUGGCUGAUCGUCAGUGGAGCCAUCAGCCCCCAACCUGCAGAGUGGUCAACUGCACUGAUCCUGGUAUACCAGCCAACUCCAUACGCAAGAGUAAAAUUGAGUUUGGGAAUUUCACCUUCGGGACGGUGGUGUCGUACGACUGCAAUCCUGGUUAUUACCUGUUCGGGGCAUCGGUGCUGACCUGCCAGCCUGUGGGUUACUGGGAUCGGCCGUUACCGGAGUGUAUUGAGGUGGAAUGUGGUCACCCCGGCAUCCCGCCUCACGGACACCUGCUGGGAGAGAAGUUCACGUUCGGCUCUACAGUGCACUACACCUGCAUGGGGGGCCGACGGCUGAUCGGAGAUGCUGCACGUACCUGCCAGCUGACCAGCCACUGGAGUGGCUCCCUACCUCACUGCUCAGGUGAUGCCGCAGGUGAUUGUGGAGACCCGGGUACACCGGCCCACGCCACACGGGAAGAAGGCGCCUUUCAUCAGCGCGUUAAAGUUCGCUUCACCUGCUCCACGGGUCACACGCUGUUCGGCUCAGCUGAGCGAAUCUGCUUCCCCAACGGUACCUGGUCAGGAAAACAACCCACCUGCAAACCGGUUCAGUGCGGUAACCCCGGCAGUCCUGCUAAUGGUCGUGUCUCCAGAGUCAACUCCACCUCCUUCUCUCAUUCAGUCGUCUAUUCCUGCGCUGAUGGUUAUCGUCUCUCCGGCACACCCACCCGCGUCUGCCUGCCCAACGCUACCUGGUCGGGCUCCGAACCCAACUGCACCUUGAUUAGCUGUGGUGAUCCAGGCGUCCCGGCCAACGGGCUGCGCUUUGGCGAGGCCUUCACUGUUGGCCAGAAUGUCAGCUAUGCGUGCCAGCCAGGUUUCCUGAUGGAGAAUGCCAGCAGCAGCACCCGCACCUGCACCCACAAUGGAACUUGGAGUGGCACCUUACCCACCUGCCAAGCUGUGACGUGUUUCCCUCCUCCUAAACUCUCGAACGGUGAGGUGGAGGGAUCCGUGUUCCAGUGGGGGACCAGCGUGAGUUACCGCUGCCUGAGUGGGUACGAGCUCUCAUUCCCAGCAACACUCACCUGUGUGGGUCAAGGUUCCUGGAGUGGUGAUGUUCCACUGUGCAUGCCCAGGUUCUGCGGCGACCCGGGCGUCCCUGCUCAGGCCAGAAGAGAGGGCCAGAGUUUCAUUUUCAAGUCUGAGGUCCUAUACGCCUGCAGCGCCCCCUAUGUGCUGGUGGGAUUGUCUACACGCGUCUGCCAGGCCGACGGCACCUGGAGCGGCACGCAGCCCCGCUGUAUCGAAGCCACCAGGACGACUUGUGAAAACCCGGGCGCUCCUGAGUAUGGCUCUCUGAAUGCCAGCCUGGGAUUUAAGGUGGCCAGCAUGGUGCGCUUUCACUGUCAGACCGGGUAUCUGUUACUGGGCUCCACCACGCGGACGUGCCGGCCCGAUCUCACCUGGAGCGGCUCCCGGCCUGAAUGCAUACCCCAUGCGUGUAAGCAGCCACGGAGCCCGGCACAUGCCAGUGUGCUGGGGAUGGACGUGUCAUCGCUUGGCUACACGCUGGUCUACUCGUGCCAGCCUGGUUUCCUUCUCACAGGAGGAUCUGAACAUCGUGUGUGCAGGGCUGAUGGAUCCUGGAGCGGGAAAGUGCCUGUGUGCCGAAUUGGCUCAAAACCUGCAGAAAAGGCGACGGCGCCUGUUCAAGGGACGCCGAGUCCAAAAGCAAGCGUUCCCGAUGAUGUGUUCGCCCCGGCGUACGUCUGGAAGGGCUCGUUGGAGUACAAGGGUGCCAAGCAGCCGGUGACUCUGACAAUCACAAACUUCAACACCAGCAGUGGAAGAGUGAACGUCAGUCUGACCAACAGUAACACCGAGCUUUUACUGUCAGGAGUGUAUAAGAGCAGUGAAGCUCGUCUGACGCUGCAGCUCUACCAUACGAGAGCCCUGGUUCACAGGACCAACGUCAAGAUCACAGAAGAGACGUGGACCAUGGACGGCUUUGUUUCAGCUGAGCAUGAAGGAGGUCCGUACAUGUUCCAGGGCUUCAUACAGGGACGAGACUACGGGCAGUUCGGCCUGCAGAGACAAGGUCAGAACAUCACUGAGACCACGAAAAACCCAGAUGCUCCACCGGGGACAAACAGCAGCUCAGUGGCCGUCGCGAUUCUCGUACCUUUUUUCGCUCUGAUUUCUGCAGGGUUUGGAUUUUAUCUUUACAAACAGCGGAGGACGGAUAAAGCCGAGUUCACGGCCUGCUCAGCACACGAAAACAGCAACGGGCAGGCCACGUUCGAGAACCCCAUGUACAACACCAACACCAAGAGCAUCGAGGGCAAAGUGGUGCGCUUCGACCCCAGCCUCAACACCGUCUGCACCAUGGUUUGACUGGACCUGAAUCUGACCAGAUUAGAUGUAUUUUUAUUGUGUGUUAGGUUGAAAAUGACCUGCUGUAGGUCAGACAGAUUUACGGAAAGACUUAAGCACAGUUCGAGGAGUCAAUACUCACAUAAAUCAGACACUUUCAUCUCGGCGUGGCUUUCUGAUGGAAGGUGGAGGACCUUCUUCACGUUUUGAGUGGAGUGUUUUUAGGUUUUGAAACUCACUCUAAGAGUGUUGUUGGGUUUUCUUUAUUAUAUUUUCUUCUUAAGUUUGUCUGGGUGUUAUUUUGAAUCAGGAGAGGCAAUCUGUAGAACCUGGAGGGCUCCGGGUCUUCAUCAGCCUCUCUCAAUGCCUCGCACUUCUCUCUGUCGUUAUUACGUGUGUAUUGCUUUCUUCACAUGGCUUCACUCCUUUCACAUACUCACCUCCCUCCUGCAGAUCGUAUCGGAGAGCUUUUGAGGAUCAGGAGGGCUGCCUUCAUUCAUUGGCUGAUUUCUAAUCAGUUGUCUCGAAUAGCUCUGGGCACACAAGCGAACAUGUUGUCCACCAAAUAUUACACACAGAAUUACACUUUUUGAACCUGUGUGAUGUGUCACAUGAUAUGUCUUCACGUACUGAUAUAUACACACAACACUGCUGUAAUACCUGACCACAGUCCACUUGUGAAUCAUAUAGCAUCCAUCACGAUCUCCCUUUACGUCUGUUCACACUCGGUGCUCAAGUGGUGCAGCCGUCUCAAGUUUGAAUCCAAAGCUGUGCUAUCAACCUGGCCCAGGAGCUUAAACAGGCACAAAAAAUUGGCUGUGCCUGAUAGAGGUCGAUCGACCGGGCUUUAUUGCCACUGUACAACUACGACCUCUCCUGUCUAGUCGAGACUCCUCCGCUAGUUGUCGUGUUUUUGCGGAGUUCAUAGAUCGUUUCUACGUAUGCUGUGCGUCUCUCUGCGAGGGCAUGUUGGCGACAGAACAUGUUUACGAGGGGCGUGUGGAACAAGCAGCAGGGGAACUGGCAAUAAUUAGAUCAGGAGAAAUAUGGACAGGGAUGAUUUCAAUUCAAUAAGUAAAAUAAAUCACAUGUAUUAAUAAAAACGAUUAUUUAUUUAGUAUUUGAAUUCGCAAGCCAGGAAUAGCUGAGGUCAGAGACUUCUCGAAGAGCCCUUGAAAAGCCCCUCAUUAGGCUGGUCGCUCCAGGAAUAGAUUUACCACGUUCCAGAUAUUUGGAGAUAAAAGAUCGCACUAUGGUUUGGUGGAGCCUUUAAGCCAUUUAAGUAUUAAUUCUUUCAAGACAAAUUGUACAAUUGUACAAACUUCUUUCUCUUCGCCGCUCAGGUGGCGCAGCGGUAAAGUACGCUAGCUCACCAGAGUUGGGGUUUCGAAUACAUCGUAUCGAACCUCAGCUCUGCCUCUCCAACUAGGCUGGGCGGCAGUAUGAACAACGAUUGGCUGUUGUUCAGGGUUAGAGGGUAAGUAAGUCGGAUCAUAGGUCCUCAUAACUGGUGCGACUGCGGCCCCUGCUGGCUGACUGAUGGCACCUGCACAGGGCUGAGGAAUAAUGCUGAUGGGGGUGUGGCCCUCCGUACUCAGUGCCCGUCAAGUGUAUGAACUCGACUCGUGCAGGUGAA